CACCACCCUCACACGAGUAGUAAUAGAUACGCUAAAGAUAAAAUAUACAUAUUUAGUAGCAACAACAACAAUAAUAACGAUAACGACAAUAAUACUAUACUAUUAAUAAAAUAAGAUACAAAAAAAACUACAAUUCAUAUUUAUAAUGUUUCAAAGGUUUAAGCAAAACUUUACGGCCACAAUAGCAACAAAAACGGUAGCAACAACAACAACAAAAACAAUGGGAGCAACAACACCAUUAUUAUGAUUCACAGCGAAUUAAAGACGAUCCAACGAUCAAUGAAUGAAUCACAAACUAUUAAACUUUAUUAACAUUUGUUUAAUAAACUAAAGUAUUAAAUAAACCUGAAAAAUUCCAAAACAAAAAAAAAUCAAAAAUCGAAUUAAAGACAGAAAAAAAACAAAACAAUUGGAAUAUUAAAAGCAAAAAACCAAACUUUAACUGAGAUAUUUAGACUGAAAAAAUUACCAACAGAGUUGUUGUGUUCAAAUUCGAUACGCUCUUGUUGGCUCAUCAUCCAACAACCAACAACAUCAUCAUCAUCAUCAAUAAACAGCCAGCCACAUAACAAAACUGUUUAGAUCAGGCCAACUAAAGUCAAGAACAUACAGACAGCGGCUUCAUCAUCAGCGGCAGAACAGCGGAAUCAUCAUCUUGAUAGUGAAACAACCCAAUUCCGCAAAGCAGCUCAUCACAUCACACAAUAUAUCGCAUCGCAUCACAUCUCAGCACACAGGUUAAAGGCAUGGCACACUUUUGCGGAUUUAUAAAAUUGAUAUUUUUACUUUUGAUGUUGGCGCGAAUACCGUCCAACGAGACAAGGCCACUCAAAGGAAAUUCACAAGCCAACAGUGAUCUCAUUGCGGGCAAUGAGUUUCUCAAACUAUUUAUGGAACAUGAUCAGUUAGACAAAGAUUUCUAUAGUAGUGAGUAUGUUGGCGGAGGCAGUGGAGGUGGUAAUGCGGGUGCAGAAAGAAGAAAGAGUGUAGCUGCAGCUACGAAAAAAGAAGAGUCAUACGAUAAGAAGUCUGCCGAAACGGGGAGAAGGUCCAGUAGUGGAAGAAGUUUAAAGGACAAAGGACCAAAGCUCAAUCAGGCCGAGGGUCAGUUGGAGGAUAGUAAACAAGUAGUUAAAUUAGUUACCUCAGGUAGUAAAAUUGUAUUUUUAGAAGAUUAUGAUGAAAACGAUGCCAUCUUAGAUGCUGAAGCCAGAGAUAUUGAUUUGAAAAGAGAGAUAUUUAAGCAAAAAACUCAUCCCAAUUUGGAUGAUUACAAAGUGGUGGCCGUAAGUGUUUCCUCUUCUAGUCAACGAGGCACAACAACGGCCAGAAAUCGCUUUGCCCAUAAAGCAACAUCAGCCAAAUAUGAGAAAAGACCGACAACAACAGUAAAAACAACCAGCACAACAACAACUACUACUAGCAAAGCGUUCGUGACAAUGACACCUAAACCACCAGCAGCGACAACUGUCAGAUCACAAACAUCACCUGCAUCGGCACCGGCAUCAUCAACUAAAAUCGAUGCCACAGCUGGAGACAACUUUAUCAAUCGCUCACAUAAAAGUGAGUUUUCCAUAGAGGAAGUUGAGCCGCUAACAAUGACACAACAACAGAAAUCACGUAAAAUACAUUCACGUCACAGAACAUACCCAGUAGUAACAAGUGUAUCAGACACAUUGGAAGCUUUAGAUUCAGAAAAUAGUGCUUCUACCAACAUACACAAUGUUCUGGUAGCACCUCUACAACCGUCCGCGUCGGCACGUUCCACAUCAAUGGUGACAACUACGUAUCACAGUGGUCAACGUAAUAUGACCAUUAAUCACGAUUCUAAUUUGCAUGUGGCUCAGGCUCGUCAUAAAACCGCAACCACAACGACAACAAACACCGACGAUGACAAGCCAAAAGCUGGUGAUUUACAGCAGCAUAUGACAAGCGGUAGUGGUGGCGGCGGCGCUGUUGAUGAUCAAUUGUUACCAUUUCAAACAGUCAUUUAUCACGACACUAAAGCAGGUCAUGGUCCACAAUCUCGUUCUAUUUCCUAUUCGUCAAUUUCACAAAAUGUGGAGGACUUAAAGAAAUGGCAACAGUCGGGUAUUUUAGCCGAAGCUAGACGUAAUGUCAGCGAGAGCUUAAAACCCAUUCCAAGAUCCAAUGUUUCUUCAUCGAAUCAUCAACAAGAGCCAGCCAAGUUCUAUUCACAACCUUCCAAAAUGUACAGUGAACCAGCGAAAUUUUAUUCAGAACCUUCCAAGGUCUAUUCGGAACCAGCAAAAGUCUAUGGAGAACCGGAAAAAUUUUACUCUGAGCCAGCUAAAGUCUAUGGGCAACCAUCGAAAUUUUACUCAGAACCCUCCAAGGUAUAUUCCCAACCAGCAAAAGUGUACAGCGAACCAGCCAAAACUUACUGGCCCAUUUUAACUGCAACCACUACCACAUCGACAAAUACUGGCAGUACCAUAAUACCUCCAACAAAUGCUCCCACAAUCACUACCAUACCACCAACACCACAUUCGGUAAAUAUACAUCAAUCAUCGAGAAAGCCCGCCAUUGUAUCACGCAUUGCUUUUGGUGAAGCUCAUUUGACUUCAAGUACAAGUACUAGCACCACUAGUACUACAACUACUACCACGACCACACCUGCCCCAUUGACCACAACAUCCAGAACAUAUGGCUCUCACAGUCAGCAUCAAUAUUCUCGCACAUAUAGCAGUCAUCGUAAUCCAUCUUCCACUUCAUUGAACAAUGAAAAUUCAUCCUCAUCAUCAUCUUCAUCAACACCUUCACGUCGUAUACUUUUUAAUCUAGACCGUUUACCGUAUGAUCUUUUAAAUGCACCUGAACCAUCGAUACAACAGCAACAGCUUUUGGAACUGCAAAAAACCAAGAGGCCGCAACAGACAUUAACAUACCCACAGUCAAAGCAGCAGCAGCAACAUCAGCAACCACAACAGCAGCAGCAACGUCAUAAUAUCAAUCCAUGUUUAGAGUCGGCAGUUUCUUCACUUUUUUCAUCAUCUUCUUUAUCUGUUCAUCCAGCAUUACUGAAACAACGACAACAACAUUCAUCAUUGUCAGAUCAACAACAACAUUCUAAUCAAAAUGCCAAAGGAUUGCCCAACGGAGAUCUAGUCAAAUGUGUGGCUGAAAUUUCCCAUACAUCAUCAGCUGCUGCUGCAGCUUCUCAUGAUGAUGAUAAUGAUGAUACGAGUGGCGGUGUUGAGGCAUUUACCACUGAACGCAGUCACAUUGAAGAGCUUUUCACGCCGACCCCAGAGCAAAAUUACGAAAUAGAAGAGUCUGUAAGUGUAAUGACAAAUGGGCGAGCCCAUAGCGGUGGUAGAAACAGCUUGGCACAGCCAACAACAUCACCCAUACAUACACAGCAGCAUCAUGGUUUCAAGCCGAACAGACAACGAACUCGCAUACACUUUGGCACGAACGUCAACAAUCCAGAGGUUCACGAUGGUGGACAUCAAUUGAGUCAGACGUCGUACAACACCAACGCAAAUGCCAAUGCAAAUACUAACAAAAACAGACAUCACACUGCUCCAGACUACAGUCAGUAUGACGAAGCAAGUCACAAUGGCGAUGGUGGUGGUGGUGAAGACGACAGUACAGAUGAUGAUGCCGCUAAGAAUAAUGAUUAUGAUGAUACUGGUUCCCCAGCCAAUGAAAAUGAUGACGAUGGCAACAAUGGUGGAGGUGGUGGUGAUGGUGAUGACUCCAAAGUGGCCUAUAUUGUUGAGGGUCACAACUAUCGCAAAUAUCGCGUCGAAGAAGAAACCGAUGAUGGAUUCAUUGUAGGCGAAUAUGGUGUUGUAGAUCACAACGAUGGCAACUUGCGAGGUGUGCGUUACACAGCCGAUUCGACCAUCAAUCGUAGCCUUAUACAAAAGGCGUUGUUGACAUUUUUAAAACUGAAAUAAGUUGGAGGAAGGUAGAGUUUACAAGCAAUUGUAUGGUAUGGUCAGUAGAUGUUUAAGAUGAUGGUAUUAACUAUUUGUGAUGAUUCCUAAUACAAAAACAAACAAACAAAAAACACUUUAAAGUAGUAAACAAGAUAAAAUAUAGUUUUGAUAUUUUAAAAGAUCAGUUAGUUUAAUAGUUACUUUGUUUAGAUUUAAGAGUAUAGUUUUUAGAAAAAAAGUUCAAUUUGUUUGAAAUGAAAAAAAAGAAACGAAAUGCAACAAACAACCAACAAAACCAAUCAAUAAAACGUAUGUGAUUCAAGUCUUACUAUUUUAAAAGAAAAA